AUGGCUGGAUAUGAAGAAAAGUACUGGCUUCCCACUCAUGUUCUCGACGAGGCAUGUGAUGCUUCAAAGGAACUGAUCAUCACACAUUAUCAACAACAUCGACAUGGUCUCAAGUCACCGGCUCCGGCGGCCGAAACACUUCCGUUGCACUCAAAAUGUAGAUUGAAACCACAUCAAAGACCAAGAACACCAACGGGUUGGGCAGCUGGUGGCCCUGGAAUGCAAGCCAUCUUUCUGGAUUCCGGUCAAAGAUCUUGUGGAACUGGAGUUUUUCUCCCUCGAAUGGCGGGAACUCAAUUCCAAUUACCCACUAAACCAGCUUGCUCUCCUGUUCUUCUUCCUUCCCGUGUUGUACAAGCUCUCAACCUCAACGUGCAUGAACUGGGCUUGCAAAUAAAGCCACGAGAUCUCAGCAAUAACUCCAAAAGUGCAGAUCACAAAUCACAUAACAAUAAAAAGGGAAACGAUGUGUCUGGCCAAUGUUGUGUCCUCUCUCAAAACCGAAGUUCUUCAUCAGAGAUAUUUCUUCCAAAGGAUUGGACUUACUAGCACUCGGAGAAAAUAACGGUGCUGAUAUUUAACAAUGCAUAAAAAGCAGAAGAGAGGUGUUUUUAUUACCAUUGAUAAUUAACUGAUCGUGUAAUGUAAUCUAAAUAAGAAAGAGGAAAGAUUUCCCCCUGUGAUCUCGAUGAUACAUAAAUGUAUCCCCCAACAACUUCACAUGCACG